GCGGCCAAAGAUGCCGCAGCGGAGCUCCGCGGAGAGCUGGAGGAGGCGGCCGCAGAGGUGCAGCAGCUGACCGAGGACGAAGCAGCACUCCGCCUGGAUGUGGAGAAACUCGGUCGCGCGGCCGAGGAGGCUCAGAAGGAGAGGACGGAAUCCAAGACGAGAAAUGCCGCCAGCAUAAAGGAGGCGGAAGAAUCCCAGCAGGCCCUGGAGAAAGCCAUGGUGAUGCUGCGGGAGGUCUAUGGAAAGGCUCCGGCAUCCUUGCUGCAAGUGGAUCAGACUUCGUCUGACAUGCCGGCCCUUGAAGGCGCUCCGGAGACGUUCCCCGAUGCGGACUAUGUCGCGGCUCCGCAGAGGGGCUUGCUGGAACUCCUUGAGGUAGCUGCCAGCUCGUACGCUUCUGCGGCAGCAGAGCUGGCUGAUGAGGAGAAGGCCGACGAGGGACAAUUUCAGCAGUUCCUGGCGGAGACGCGGAAGGACAAGGAGAUCAAGAGUCGCGAGCUGGCACACAAGCAGGAUCGGCGUGAGCGCAAGCAAAUGUUCCUGAAACAGGGCGAGGCCGAGCUGGCAACGUCGAGCGACAAGUUGGCAAAAGUUAGAGAGUACUUGGAGAAGCUGCAGAGCCAGUGCAAGGCGGAGCCGAAGCCGAGUUUGGAGAGCCAAAGCCGGUGA